AUGUUAGGUUGGAGGAUUAGAGAAAACAUGGAAGAAAUAGACGUUGAAAAACAUUACGAACGUGGAGGGAUUACUCAUGAAAGUGACAAAAGAGAUGAUGUUGAUGAUAGUGGUGAUAGUGGUGAUAAUGAUGAUAGUGAGUUCUUAGUAGACUUAGAGCGUGGUAGGGCAUCAAGAAAGAAAAGAAGGAAGUCAACUGUUGAAUUAGAAGAUAUGGUGAAGGCUGGUAGGGCAUCAAGGAAGGACAAGAGUGUGACAUGUUCAAAAUGCAAAAAGCUUGGUCAUAAUAAAAGAAGUUGCAAAGGUCAAAGUGCAUGUGAUGAUAUUUCAAGCAAGAAAGGGAAGGCUAGGAAGAAAGCUAAAAGUGUAGGUGAUGGUAGUUCAAUCAAGAAAGGGAAGGAUGGGAAGAAAGAUCAAAGUGCAGGUGAUGGUAGUUCAAGAAAGAACGGGAAUGUUGGGAAGAAAGCUCAAAGUGCAGGUGGUGGUAGGCAAAGUGGAACUCAAAGUGCAUGUGAUGGAAUUUCAAGCAGGACAAGGAAGACUGGGAAGAGUAUUGCUUAA